AUGUCAGACAAUCAGGAACAAAAACCCGACGCCGGUCCAGGUGAUGCGAAUUCCGAAUACAUCAAACUGAAAGUCGUUGGAAAUGAUAGUAACGAAAUUCACUUCAGGGUAAAAAUGACUACCCAAAUGGGUAAAUUAAAGAAAUCCUACAGUGACAGAGUUGGAGUUCCAAUGACAUCACUUAGGUUUCUCUUUGAUGGAAAACGAAUCAACGAUGAUGAAACACCAAAGCAGCUCGAGAUGGAAAAUGAUGAUGUUAUUGAGGUAUAUCAAGAGCAAACGGGCGGCCGCUUCUAA